CUAACUAUGCGAUAGUAUCUGUAGUGUGCACCAAUGCUGCUAGGGAGCGCUUUUUUAUUUCCCUGCAUGCACCAGACAAAAUGUCGUUCUUCAUCAGAAACUCUGCGAAAGCGAAGAUCUCCAGUACAAAAGUUGGCCAAAAGAGAAAGACACCAGGGAAACCAGGAGGAAAAAAGACAACCAAUGGCAGGCUAGCAGGGAAGAGACGGAUGAAGGGAGGAAAUGAAGAGAUAGCCAGUGAUGAGGAGAUCCUAAGUGAUGUUGAAGAUGUCCCUGAGGAGGAAGCAUCAGAAGAUGAGGAGGAGACGGCCCAGGAGAAAAGACUCCGCCUCACCAAGCAGUACCUGGCACAGCUGGAGGAGGAAGAAGCUGAGAAGAGGGUUACAGAUGAGAUAGACAGAGAUGCCAUCUCCCACAGGCUGCAGGAGGACCUGCUGGAGCAGAAAGGGAAGCUUCAGAGAAAAGUAGCUGCACAGUACAUUCCACCGACACCUGCGGACAUCCAGGUGUUACGAGGCCACCAGCUGCCCCUCACCUGUCUGGUCGUGUCCUCAGACAGCAAACACGUGUACACAGGUGCCAAGGACUGCUCCAUCAUCAAGUGGAACAUAGCAGAGGGGAAGAAGGAAAAAGUGGUAGCUGGAGGAAGGAAAGGCACAGAAGACAAGCACCAGGGGCACACGGCUCACGUGCUCUGCUUAGCCAUUUCUUCUGACAACAAAUUUCUGGCCUCUGGGUGCAGGAACAAGAUAAUCCACAUCUGGGACCCCGUCAGUCUCACCAGACUUCACACCUUCACAGGACACAGGGAUGCUGUAGCUGGCCUAGCCUUCAGGAAGGGUACUCACACCCUGUUCAGUGGCUCCCAUGAUAAGACAGUGAAAGUCUGGAGUCUGGACGAGAUGGCGUAUGUAGAAACACUGUUUGGUCACGAAGACUCCAUCAUGGCGUUGGACAGCCUAGCUAGAGAACGUGCUGUAACAGCAGGGGGCAGGGACAGGACAGUCAGGGUGUGGAAGAUCCCUGAAGAAUCCCAACUAGUGUUCCAUGGAGAGAACAGGGGUUCCAUAGACUGUGUGGCCUUCAUCAACGAACAGCACAUCGUGUCAGGGGAUGACAAUGGGAAUGUUUGUGUGUGGGGCCUGAUGAAGAAGAAGCCCCUGGUGUCCGUGCGAGGAGCUCACCAUGCAGAGGGAAGUGAGCAGCAGGAGUGUUGGGUGUCGGCAGUGGCUGCCCUCACCAACUCCGACCUGAUUGCAUCAGGGGUUGGGUUUGUGAACGGGCUGAAGUUCUCGAGUGACGGCAACUUCCUGGUGGCUGCAGUCGGACAGGAACACCGGCUGGGCAGGUGGUGGCGCCUGAAACCGGCCCGGAACAGUCUGGUCAUCAUCCGGCUCAGGAAAACCAGCUGAAACAUGGGGACUGGGGAGGGGGGCGAUGGAGUGUACCACUGAAGACUUUUUUACAGACACUUGGUAAAUUUGUACUAUGCUAAGAUUCAGAAUUAAGUAGAGAACUGGCAGAUGUUCUGGUGGAGAUCACAGCUUGAUGUUGAACAGAUAAGAGUCUGUUCUGAAGGCUGUGACUUAUGAUCUUCAUAUACUCUGGGAGCAAUCCUUGCUAGCAUUUUAUAGAGGAUUGCUACAAGAGAAGAAUAUUUUUGUUUCCCCAAAGUGCUGAUUAAGGCACUUGUUCGAGUUUGUUUAACAGUAAAGAUGUUAUUUGUACAUGUACAGAUGUUAUAGGAACAUGUACGUGUAGGUAUGGCUACAUACACAUUUCUGUGUGAUACUAAGGCUAACACUUAACCUUAGUGCCAACAUGUACUUUUGAAUUAUUGAGAAAAGAAAAGAGACAAAUCAAAUUAAGUGGUCACAUUUUUAGGGACCAAGCAAAUGGCAUAGAUUUUGACAAGGUAUCUUGUGUAGAACCAACACUCUCAUUUUUCAUUUUGAAAGGCUUUUGUUCAAUUUUUAUCUCCUUAGCAGAGAUAGCAGAGGUCUGUUACAAUAGAUUGCCUGGACUCAUUAUGGAAAAUGGAAAGAUGCCGUCAUAGUUUAGUUGAAACUUAACCUGACUAUUGUGAAAAUAAACAAUGAUUAUUUAUACAACAUCAUUUCAUCUCAGUUAGAUUGUUUUGUCACAGACAUUUUGUGUAGAUUCCCAGUUCACCUCUUUCUAUGCAUAUGAGAAGUCUAUGUAUUGUUACCCUAGGAGCCAACAAGAAGAUUUCUUCACCUUACACAUUCAUGAAAUCCCCACAAGAAUCAUAGACACAACUUCAUGGUUGGGUACAAAUCUUUAACCUACUUAACAGCAAAGCAGGAAGAAAUUUCAUUAAAAACCUAAACUAAAACUUUGGCAUUGGCCUCAGUGUCAAGGACAGAACAUACAGAAGUGCAACGACACCACUUUUAACUAUAGGGCAAAUGACAGCUUUUAUAGAGUUGCUUUUACGACUUGAAAAGCCAAGGGAUGUCCGGUACUUAUAUCAGAUAAAUGACUAAAAUACAUGAGUGGAAACAUAUCAAUUUAUCAUAAUUUGUUUCGAAGUAUAACAAUCUAGACAAUGGCAUGACUGCAUGAUGGAAUCAUCAGAUCAACAGUGACCUAACCCUAUCUAUGCAGAAAAUGGAAACAUAACUCGAUUUUUCGAAGAUAUGUGGUUGGAAAAUGUACUGCAAUAAAAAAUAGACAUUUUGAAAUUUCCUGUUCUCAAACUUUUCCGUUCACUCGGUACACCUGGUGUGGCUACAUGUGAAGUGUUAUGUACACACCUUGAGUGUAUUGUUUUAUGACCAAGUUUUAUUGCCUUUUAUAUCUGUACGUUGUAUCUACCAUAUCUGCUGGGUGUUUCAACACCAAUUACAGAGUGAAAUAUAUUAACUUUUAACUGAAAGAAUUGUAGUACAGGAGCUGGCAUUAUUUAUACGAGUUAUCCAAUAUAGGUUAACAGACUAGCAUGAGCAGUCUUAACGAACGAAGUAAAAAGAUAUUUUAGUAGUAUUAAGCAAGCACGUGUAAAUAUCUGCCUCCGACAACUUUAAAAAGUAAGUGUUAUUCAUUUUACUGAGGGCCCAGAGCCUGUUGGGUUCUCAGGGUGAAGGAGCAAUAAAAACCUGAAGAGGGUAUAUAUACCAAAAUUAGACACCUAGAGUUGUUGGGAGCCCUCUACGUGUGACCACACCAGCUGUGUUGAAUAAGAGCAUUUUACAGUUUAAACUCAGAGGCGA